UUCCCCAGAGAAUAUGCGACAUGCCAGGGAACGCUGGCACCCCAGGGACCUCCCAGCACAACGGCAUCCUCGCUACCAGCAGCAAAAGCCAUCCUGUGUGUGAAGUGCCCAUGCCUGCCGGCCGCGGUGACCGUCUGAGCGCCUCCCUGCUCCUCAGAGGAAACUGCUCAGCCUGAAGAUUUCUACUUGUGGUGCUCGCAAGUGCUGGAAGGAUCUGGCAAACCGCUGAGCACAUCCGAGAGGCUGUUCCUGUCCAGCGCUCCCUGGGAGGGCUGCCUUUCCUCGCAGCCCCUCCGCCAUCGAUCCGGAGCCCUGCCGCCAGACCCGGCUCUACACACUUAGUCUGAUUCACAGAACUUGAAAGGAAAUCUAAAAAAAUGGCCCUUUUCCAAACACCGCAAAGCUAAGGGUAAAUAUCAGCACGGUAAAUAUUGUUUUAUAAUGGUCAAUAUCGUUUUUAAAAGGUUGCAUCUGGCAAGUGCUGGAUGUGUGACUCUGCUACUCCUUUGCUUCGCAUAAAAUAGACUAAUUGGCACUCAGGUAUUUAUCGUCAUCAGCUAAAUGGUUUUGGACAGAAUUUUUUUUUUUUUUUUUUAACUGAUCAUGUGAGAAUCGUUGCGUAGAGGGCUGGUGUUGGAUGCUCGCUUUGAAACAUGCCCCUCUCUUGCUGCGACUCAGGUUUCCAUCGAAGGGGCAGGGGAAGCCAGCCCUGCCCUCGGCCUUGAAACCAGACAUGGGCUCCACCUCGAAUCACAGCUAUUUCAGAAAUGACACGGACCCCUCGGAAGACCAGUCUUUUUCUUUGUUUGCCGUCCAUAUUUUGGUGCCUGUGACAGUAAUUUCCAUCAUCCUGUUUUUCUUGGGAGUUUCAGGGAAUUUGAUAACGAUAGUCGUUUUCAGACGCUCGCAGGAGAUGAGGACGACAGUGAACAUGUACCUGUCCAGCAUGGCGCUGUCGGACACACUGAUUUUCCUUGGCCUACCUUCCGACCUGUACCGCCUUUGGAAGUACAAGCCCUACAUAUUUGGGGAUUUUCUUUGCAAGUUCUUCAUUUACCUGAGCGAAACGUGCACGUACUGCACCAUCCUGCACAUCACCACGGUGAGCGUGGAGAGGUACUUCGCCAUCUGCUUUCCCCUGAAAGCCAAAGCCACCAUCACCAAGUGCCGGGUGAAACGGGUCAUCCUGCCGCUGUGGGGCUGCUCCCUCCUCACCGCCGGCCCCAUCCUCUUCCUCUUCGGGGUGGAACACCCCGACGGCAGCGUGCCCCAGGAGAGCUGGGAGUGCAGGUCCAUCGAGCGCGUGGCCCGCACGGGGCUGCUCAUGACGAUGACCUGGGUCUCCACCAUUUAUUUCUUCCUGCCAAUGCUCUGCUUGACUCUGCUGUACGGCCUCAUCUGCAGAAAGCUCUGGCAGAGCAGGCGGCGGCUGCCGGACUGCCAGGCUGCGGGCAGGAAAAGGUCCCACGCGCAGACUGUGAAAAUGCUGGCCGUCGUAGUCCUGGCCUUUGUGCUGUGUUGGCUCCCAUUCCACGUCGGCCGAAUCCUCUUCGCCCAGGGCGAAGUCAUCCUGUAUGACCUCACGCAGUACUUCAACCUCAUCGCCAUGCUCCUCUUCUACCUCGGGGCUUCUAUAAACCCCAUACAUUACAACGUCAUGUCACACAAAUACAGGAAAGCGAUGAGCAAAAUCCUGCAUCACAAGCGACCUCAGCGCUGCAGGAGCCUGCCCAGGAGUGAGGUGGUUCCUUUUGGAGAAGCCGAGAGAAAGUGGAAGCUAAAGGCAGGCCAGCUGCUCGCUCUCAGCAAAUAA